AUGUUACUAUCUUUUAUUUCCAAAAGGUCAAUAAUACCUACUUUUACUCAAAAUUUUAUAAAAACUUCAUUAAAUCAAUCAGCAAGAUCAUUUACAUCAACUAAUUCAAAUUCAAAUUCAUAUACAAGCUCAACAGGAUCAUCAUCAUCAUCAUGGAAUUCAAAUAAUAAUAAAUCAUAUUCAACUUCAACUUCACAACCAACUUCAUCACAACCCCCAGCAUCUACAUCAGCAUCAUUAAAUUAUGAUUCAGCAUUAACUACUUUUACAAAUUAUAAUGUUGCUGUUGCAUAUCAACCAAAAAAUAGAAAACCAAGUACAAAUUUAUUCAAGAAACAAAAUAAUAAUACUGCUGCAUUGGAUUCACCAACUGGGGAAGAUAAUUUAUUUGUAACGAAACAAAUUCAAGAUGGUUCUAUAGCAAUUGGAGUAGCUGAUGGUGUUGGGGGUUGGUCAGAAGCAGGAUAUGAUUCUUCUGCAAUAUCAAGAGAAUUAUGUUCACACAUGAAAUUGAAUUUUGAAAAAGACACUAGUAAAAAUAUAACGGCAAAAUCUAUAUUAGAUGAAUCUUUUAAACAAAUUUUACAAUCAGAUAAAGUGGAAAUUGGAGGGACAACUGCAUGUUUAGGAAUAUUAACAUCAGACCUCAAAUUAAAAGUUGCAAAUUUAGGAGAUUCUUGGUGUGGAUUAUUUAGAGAUUAUAAAUUAAUAAAAGAAACAAAUUUCCAAACUCAUAAUUUCAAUACACCAUAUCAAUUAGCUAAAAUCCCAAAACAUAUAUUAAAAAAAGCAGAAAUGGAAGGUAGAAGAUAUAUAAUAGAUUCUCCCAAUUUAGCAGAUGAAUAUGAAUGGGAUUUAAAACCAAAUGAUUUAAUCAUGUUUGCAACUGAUGGAGUAACAGAUAAUGUUAUACCUCAAGAUAUAGAAAUUUUUUUAAAAGAUGAAUUAAGUGAAGGUGAUACAGAACUUGAUAUUAUAGCAAAAAAAUUUGUUAAUGAAGUUGUUAAAGUAAGUAAAGAUAGUAAUUAUCCUAGUGCUUUUGCUCAAGAAUUAAGUAGAUUAACUGGUCAAAAAUAUUUAGGUGGUAAAGAAGAUGAUGUUACAAUUGUAUUAGUAAAAGUUUUAUAA